CCUGCUAGUUGAUAAGGUGUCAGAUGAAAGCGAACAGCUGAUAGUUUUUAAGGUUAUCUUUCAUUGUCAUAAGAACUGUUUGUUUUUUGCUGUUUUGUGUUGAUUUGUCGAUUUAAAUGCCUGUUUCGGUAGUGUUUGCGUGUUAGUUCCGAAAUGGAGAAUUUGGAUUCGGAAGUGAGCAGUCUGGACGAGCAGACACGUUUAAUCAACAGUUGCUCAGACAAUCGUUCUGAGACCAGCUUAGAGGAUAAUGUAGUCGACACUCGCUCUGAACUCAAGUUUGAAAGGGAGGCAGAAAGCGAUGCGGAAAGGGAAAAGCGAAAGCAGAUUGAAGCGGCCAUAGGAAAUGACCUCACAACACUGAACACUUGGAAGGACUUGGCAAAGAGCAAGUUUGGGCUGGUCGGAGAUGAUUUGCGGUACACAGUAUGGCCGUUGCUACUGGGAGUGGACCCAAGUACGGACGAGAAGAUUCCCUCUUUAGAAGAACUGUCCGCUCAUCCCGAAUAUCAGCAAGUAGUUUUAGAUGUAAAUAGAUCACUUAAGAGAUUUCCUCCAGGCAUUCCAUAUGAGCAAAGGGUGGCGCUGCAAGACCAGCUAACUGUUCUAAUACUGCGGGUCAUAAUCAAAUAUCCUCAUUUGAGGUACUACCAGGGCUAUCACGAUGUGGCGAUAACGUUCCUACUGGUGGUGGGCGAAGCAGUGGCAUUCCGAAUAAUGGAGAAGCUGAGCACGGAGAACUUGCGCGAAUGCAUGGAACCCACAAUGGAAAAAACGGACUAUCGUCUGAACUACAUCUACGCCCUGCUGUACAACGUCGACAGGGAUUUGCACAAUUUUAUGGACAACGCAGGUGUAGGCACGAUGUUUGCUCUCCCGUGGUUCCUGACAUGGUUCGGGCACUCUCUAAACCGCUACAAGGACGUGGUGCGGUUGUAUGAUUACUUUUUAGCCACUCCGCCACUAAUGCCUUUGUAUGUAGCCACUUCGCUUGUGGUUUCCCGCAGAGAUGAGGUGUUCGCUGAAAGCUGCGACAUGGCAAGUAUCCAUUGUUUGCUCUCACAAAUCCCCGACAAUCUGGAUUUCGAGACGAUACUGAUCGCGGCCGAAAAAUACUACAAGGACUAUCCACCGGACAAAAUGGAGAAAUUGGUCAAGAAACGAGUGGACAGAGAAAUGGCCGAACGGAAGCGAAACGAGCAAAUGAUGCGGGAUCGAUUGAGGAAGCAGAAGAGCAUGUGGGUGCGAUUCAACAACCGCAUUCCCGCUUGGUUGGUUUUUGGCAGACGAAGUCGAUUGGGGUUGAUUUUCACCACUGCCACGGUUCUCAUCGGGUAUAUUUACUAUGUGAAGUACGGAGUUGAUGCCCGAAUGCCGUUUUUAAGUAUGUUUAAUACAUGACAUAUGGUGUCUUCGGGAUCGGUAAGAGAUUUGAUGCACAAGCGGUUUUACUGCAGCUUUUAGCAAACUUCGAUUGUAUGUUUAUUUGUUGUUUUUGUGAUUACCAUACUGUAUUUUUAUACCAAAACAUUAAAACAUUUUUUGUCUCUCUAUGGGCGUCACAGUGAUUGGGACUCUGGGCUCUAGUAGUUGAUAUUUUCAUUUUUUUCUAAGUUAGGUUUACGUGAAUUGUGCAUUUAUUAAUUUAUGUUUUUGUACGUAGGGUCAAAAACUCGAAAAAAUCGGGCCAGUAGGAUUAACGGUGCCUAUUUUAUGGGAUAUUGUCAAAGUAGUGCAUUUUCUCAAGAUCAUCUAGAAAAUUGCUGAAUUUCAGACAUUAAUUGUGUGUGUAUUAAUUAGAAUACUGAUCUGGAGAAAAUGAAAAGUACUGUUAGUAGCGCAGCUAAGAACAUUAAGACCUACGUUCACUUUAUAUGAAAAAUCCAGCAGAAGCGACUGCAGUUAAUUAUUAAGUUAUCUGCAACUAUUUAAAAACAGCCAGAAUUAAUUGCUACUUUCCUACACCGAAUGUGUACAUUUGUCCUAAAAUUAGUUAAACUUUUUAUAGGAACGUGCAAUGUUGUGGUUUAAGUGUUAUUAUUCAUAGAGAAAAAUAUAUGCAUCGUUUAUUGA